UCAUUUGUUUUGUUCUUACAAAGGGAUACAAAAUUUGAAUUUAGUGGGGGUCAAUACAAUACUGAAAACCGGAAGAGUUUCCGUUCCCGCCGGAGUCCUCCAUUUUCUCUCUAAUAAAUGCAAGUAACAAACAUGCAAGCACUGAGAGCUCUCCAUUUCCAAAAACACUUGCUCAAUCUCCCUCCAACAACCUCUCUUUCAUCUCUCCGUUUCACUGUUAUAUGCAACUCGCGCCAGUUCCACUCCACUCGCCGGCAACACUUUCCUAAUCAGCCCACAGCUCUCACAGACGACGCCGUACAAGGCUGGACCGCUCCUUCAGCAGCUCGAGAAAACCCUAGUGGUGAUAAUCUUCCGCAAAGGGAGUCUAAAGCGAGUGCAAAUUACUCCAACGUUUUGGGUUCAAAAGGUAGGGUUUAUCAGGUUAUAGGGAAUGGGAACAAGAAGAAGGGAAAAGGGAAGAGUAAAACAGUGUGGGUGUGUUCUGAUUGUGGGUAUGAUGACGGGCAGUGGUGGGGGAUAUGUAAGCAGUGUAAUGGGGUUAAUACUAUGAAGCGGUUUUCUGAAGGGGUAGAGCGUCUCACGAGUGGGUUUGAGGUUUCAGAGAAUGUGACAAGGUCGUGGCUGCCUCAUCAGUCUGUUAGAGCUAUGCCAACGAAAUUGACGGAUGUGAAUAAGGGAAUUAAUCAAUCGAAUUGGCGAAUACCUCUGUCUGGCCUUUUUGGAGCUGAAGUGGGAAGAGUACUUGGUGGUGGUCUUGUGCCAGGUUGCUUAGUUUUAGUUGGCGGUGAUCCAGGUGUUGGUAAGAGCACGUUACUGUUACAGAUUGCAGCCAUAGUUGCAGAGGGGUGUGAUAUGGGGGGACCAGCACCAGUUCUCUAUGUGUCUGGUGAAGAGAGUGUUGAGCAAAUUGGGAACAGAGCUGAUCGGAUGAGAAUCGGGACGGAUGAACUAUUUUUAUAUGCAAGUACAGAUGUUGAGGAUAUUCUGGAAAAGACCCAAACUCUCUCACUGCGAGCUUUGGUAAUUGAUUCCAUACAGACAGUUUAUCUGAGAGGAGUAACUGGAAGUGCAGGAGGUCUAUCGCAGGUAAAAGAAUGCACAGAAGCAUUGCUGCGGUUUGCCAAGAAGACCAAUAUCCCUGUGUUUCUGAUUGGACAUGUGACUAAAUCUGGAGAAAUAGCUGGUCCUCGCGUCUUGGAGCACAUAGUUGAUGUUGUUCUUUAUAUGGAAGGAGAGAAGUAUUCAUCUCAUCGUUUACUUCGUUCAGUGAAGAAUCGAUUUGGAUCCACAGAUGAGCUUGGAGUGUUUGAAAUGUCGCAAUCAGGCUUGCAGGCUGUUUCAAACCCAAGUGAAAUGUUUCUAAGUGAGCAGCAGUCGGAUUCUGAAUUUCUGGCUGGAUUAGCUGUUACUGUAAUUAUGGAUGGAUCUCGAGCCUUUCUUAUUGAAAUUCAGGCAUUGUGUGUUGCUGGUUCAUCUGUCUCAAGACAAGUAAAUGGUGUUCAAGCAGGCAGAGCUGAGAUGAUAAUUUCAGUUCUUAUAAAGCAAGCUGGUCUCAAGCUACAAGAGAAUGGCGUUUUUCUCAAUGUUGUCAGCGGGGUUAGCCUGUCAGAGACUGCUGGUGAUCUUGCAGUAGCAGCAGCAAUUUGCAGCAGUUUUUUGGAAUUCCCUCUUCCUGUGGGCAUUGCAUUCAUUGGGGAAAUUGGCCUUGGCGGUGAAAUUCGUAUGGUACCAAGAAUGGACAAAAGGGUAAAUACAGUAGCGAAACUGGGAUACAAGAAAUGUAUAAUGCCUAAAUCAGCUGAAGCAUCAUUGUCAGCUUUAGAUCUCGGAGACACUGAGAUUGUAGCCUGCAGGAAUUUGAAAGAGAUGAUAAACGUUGUGUUCAGAAAACACUGAGCUUGUAGUGAGUUUUUUUUGUGUGUAAAUGGUUAUGCAAUCUACACAGAUAUCACUACUGUAUACUAUCUAGGUUGUGCCUUAUAUUUUUCGCGCAGCAUUAUGUCAUUUUGCAUUCAAUACUGUAUAUUAACAUGGACAAAUUGUCUUAAAGUUUAUUACCUAA